AACAAAGAUGGCGUCUGACGACGAAGAUGUGCCAGAAACGGGCGCAGUUUUCACCUUCGGAAAGACGAGAUUUGCUGAUAAUUUAGCGAGUAAAUUUUGGAUUCGUGRCGAUCCUGUGGUUCAAAUAUCUUGCGGAGAUGAACAUUCAGCAAUUGUCACGGCAAAGGGAAAACUCUACACAUUUGGUUCAAACGACUGGGGACAGCUUGGACAUGGUAAUACCAAACCCUAUACCAAGCCUAGUGUUGUAAAAAAACUAAAACCAGAGAAGGUAUAUCUUGUGGCUUGUGGAAGAAAUCAUACACUUGUUGCAACAGAGUCUGGAAAAUUAUACAGUUUUGGCUGUGGAAGUGAUGGACAGCUAGGUCUUGGAGAUUCAGAGGGAUGUCAUGAGCCAAAAGCUAUCGAGUCAUUUGAUGAAACUAAGUUUAAGAAACUAGCUUGUGGGUCAGACUUUUCUGCAGCUGUUACAGAGAAUGGUAUCCUCUACACCUGGGGRGGUGGUAGUGAUGGACAAAAUGGUCUUGGAGAAGAUGCCGAAGCUCCACAAAGAUUAUACAUCAGUGGUAAAGUAGUGACAGUGGGCUGUGGCUAUUACCACAUGGCUGUUGUUACAGAUGAUGGGUCAUUAUACACCUGCGGCGAAAGUACAGGAGGAAAACUGGGACUUGAACAAUCWAGACUUGACGAAACAUCUCAGUUACAGAAAGUUGAAAGCAUCAAGGAAAAAGUCACUACUGUCUCAUGYGGAGCAGAGUUCACUGUUGCUGUCACUGAAAAUGGACAUGUUUACUCAUUUGGUCAAGGAAACCAAGGACAAUUAGGCCUUGGAUCAUUACAAUUUGAAACUGAACAACCUGAGAAAGUACAGACAUUUAAUAAAAUUAAAGCGAAGAGUGUUUCUUGCGGUGAAAGCUUUACUGCCAUCGUAACUAAACAUGGAAACUUUUAUACAUUUGGUGAUGGCCGACAUGGGAUAUAAACAGAAAUUUGAGUACAUCCUUACCGCCUGUAAACAAGUCUUCUUUGCCACCACUAAAUGGAGCAUUAAAGAGAACAUUACAAAACCUCAAAACAACUCAUCCUGAUAAAGAAGAUAAGACAACAACCAAUCCACUAAACAUGUCACUACUUCCAAAAAUAACAUAUCCUGAUGAUGAAGACCAAAAACCAGUGACAAACUCCCCCAAGCCACUCCCCAGAGGAUUACCAAAACCCUCCCCUCUAGCACCCCCAAGGGCUCUACCAAGGGCUAAAAAAGAGAAAGAGGAAUCUGAAGAAGAGGAAGAGGAAGAAAGUGAGGAUGAGGACGAUGAAGAAGACGAAAAUGAAAAUGAAAAAAAUAAGAAAAAUACAAGAAUACAAGAAAUAAAAAAAGAAGUCAAAAAACAAGAUGAUGAAGAAGACGAAGAGGAAGAUGAUGAAACCGAAAGCGAAGAAGAGACUCACACAAAAGAACCUUCAAAAAACCAAAGAAUUAUCAAACCUGCCCAGAAAGCAGAGGACGAAGAAGAAGAAGAGAGCGAAAGUGAGGAAGAGAAUACAAACGAUGCUUCAAAAGCUGUUAAAUCUAUAGCAAAAACGUCCGUUGAAAGCGAAGAAGAUGAUGAAGACGAAGAAGAAGACGAGGAGGCAGAAGAAGAUGAAAAUCAAAACCAAACCAAAAAAGGCAAAAAUAAAAACAAAGAACAAAGUAAAAAAGCUAAAGAAAAGGAAUCUAAAGAUAAGAAAAUCGAAGAAGUUGCAAAUGAAAAAAAGAAAAGCAAAAAAGAUGAGGAAGACGAAGACGAAGAAGAGGAAGAGGACGAUGAGGACGAUGAGGGCGAUGGCAAGAAGGAUAAAACGAAUGCAAAAGAAGAUGAAAAAGACAAGAAAAAUAAGAAGAACAAAARGAAAAACAAAGACGAUGAAACAGAAGAUAACAACAUUGAUGCAGAAACAAAGGAAAAAGAAAGCAAAGGCAAAAAAGGAAAGAAAAAGAAAGGAGAGGCUGAAGAAGAUGACAAAGACAAGGAAAACACUGAUGACAAAAAAGAUGGAGAAAAAGACGAAGAAGAAGAAACAAACGGCGAAAAUAAAGAAGACAAAAAUAAAGACACUAACAAACCAACUACCGAGACACCUGCCAAGAAAGAUAAAAARUCUGGUAUAUGUGUCAUUUUGUGAUCUGCUUGAAGUGCCUAUAGCACGUAACCAAAGAUAAUCAUUCUAUUGGAUGAGUAAAUAAUAUCUUUUCGAUUUUAGCUCUGAUAAAGGGUGGAACACCUGUCCGAAACUAGUCAGCAUGAUAAAAUUUUAAAAAGAUCGAGGAAGCRUUUUAUUUCAUUUAAAUCGAAAUAAGAAAUUGCAUUCCAUUACGUCGCAUUCCUAACCUCUCRAGCCUCGACUUGUAAACAUUACGUUGAGUGACAAGUCAUAAAUACGUAGGGGAGAUCUAAURAAUUACAAUCCUGGAAAAAAGAGUUGAGAAUGUUUUAAAAAUCGCUGAUGUUGUAGCUCGACUUAUGUAUAACAUUAAGCUAUAGGAGAUUUGGCUGGGGCAUUAGACACAGUACAGUAAAAUGGCCAGCGAUUAAAUCGAUAAAAAUGUGGAAUGCACCUACAUUUAUAGACAACAGUCUCUAAAGUCAUUUCUUUUUUUUUUAAUUUCAUUUUUCUCUUUUUUCUUAUGUAGUUCUUAAGUACGUCGGAUAACUGUAACCUUCCUAGUAUUUUACCUGAUUGAAUUUGAUGGUUUGACUUAGACAAUAGUUUACUUCAUAGAUAAUCAUUAAAUCUACUAUUUAUGUAGCUAGUCUAUAAUACAAGGUCCGUGCAGKUCCUUAAAUCCUUGAAAAGUGCUUGAAUUGAAAACUCGUUUUCAAGGGCACUUGAAGCUCCUUGAAAAUUUGAAAAUUUCGAAAAAGUCCUUGAAAACUCCUUGAAAAAGAUAGCUCUUCUAUUUUCCAGUAUUCUUGCUUGUUGUACACGUUGUAUACUAUUUUAUUUAGUAAGUAUCGAUUCUAAAAUCAAUAGUAUAUUGUUAUUUAAUCAUAGCCGAAAGAGUUUAUCUGUGGCAGUUCGAUUAUUUUUUUAAACAAUGAUUUCUUUUUUAAAAAGACAAGUUGGCAAAGCUGAAAUUUAGAAUUAUGAUUGUCCUUUCCCAUAAUGCCGUUGUGCACCGAGGUGUAUUAUGGGUUUGAMGUACAAACUGAAGCCAUAUUAUCAUGAUUAUUUCACAGAUAGUCUGUURUAUWSACGAUAUUACGUGGCCGCGCRGAGRURUUGRUUUWAUGUGAGCGUAGCCAAUGUCAAUAGGGGAAAGGACCAUUUCAGUCAAUUAGCACUAGYUGAAGUAGUUUUACAGUAGCAAUAAUAUUAAAUUGUAUAUUCCAAUACUUCAUGGGUGAUCUCGCUUCUUGAUAUUUAAUAGGAUUUACCAUUCACUUUGCAUGCAUUGUAUAUACAAAUAUGUACAGUAAAGGUCUUAUUUUUAUUAAAAUAAAUUGUUUUAAAACUGC